AGUGAUCGUCGACGCUUUAUCAUCCAUCGUUCCGUAUUGCGAUACGACGCGACCCCCUUCCUCCCGUCUAUUAUCGUCUAUCAACAUCCGUGGGUGACGGGCGCCCUUAUCAGCUCGCGCAGUUUUCUAGUUUAUUAGAUGACGGCGGCCGCAGUACACUGGUCUCGUGUCACUAGCUGUGCCGAUCCGCUAGUACUGGACCAGCAGUCCGCUUGUGACGUCGCCACACGGGAUACACUAUUUGUGCGCAGUUGUUGACGACGGUGCAGGCUGGCUGGCUGGCUGGCAGACAGACAGACAGACAGACAGACAGACAGAUAGGGCAGUAGGCAGUGGAACCGUGCUAGUGGUCUUCGGAACAGUGGGUUAUCCCCGUGCGGUGACCAGAUGAGCGACAGCAUUAAGUACGAAGUGGAUAUGAAGAUGGAACCGUCGAGCCCACCAGAGAAGGAUCGCAGCCUGUACUCGCGCUGCUCGAGCGCUGGCAGCAUCCACACCCCCACCUCAUCCGCCCACAACUCGGAGGAUGAGGAGGACUCCGGGGACAACAAGAGUAGCAGCACGAUAAGCUACAAGGAGCGGCGCCGCGAGGCGCACACGCAGGCCGAGCAGAAACGGCGCGAUGCAAUCAAGAAGGGUUACGAUUCGUUGCAGGAGCUUGUACCGACCUGCCAGCAGACCGACGCGUCUGGCUACAAGCUCAGCAAGGCGUCGGUGCUGCAAAAGUCGAUUGACUACAUCGGCUACCUGCUGCAGAACAAGAAGAAGCUCGAGGAUGAGCGGGCGUCGCUGCAGAAGGAGGUGAUGGCGCUGCGGAUCAUACAGAAGAACUACGAGCACAUGCUGCAGCACCAGCAGACGUCACCGGGCCGGACCGAGGCGCGGCUUAGCGAUGACGUCAAGUUUCAGGUGUUCCGCGCAAUCAUGGACGAGAUGUUCCUCACGUUUGAGCAGCUGCCGAUGAACGACUUUGCCGAGCUGACAUCGGGCGUGAUACCGUGGCUGGAGGAGCACUGCAAACCGCACCUGCUGCGCGACGUCGUCAACCGGAUGCUGACCAACAUUACGAGCUCGUACGCGAUGCAGAGCAGUGGCGCCGGUGUUCCGCCACAGGACAUAGUGAUGGGUGGUACUGCCACCACCACCACCAGCAGCAGUAGCAGCAGUGAGAUGAGCACAAUGUAAUGCCCUGCUGCUGCUGCUGCUGUCGCGCCCGACGUUCGCCGACGCCUUGGACGAAUGAGAGGCAAGGACAAUACCGGGAACGUGCAUUAUAUAGGUGGAGUAAGGCAGGAUGAACUAGGAUUACAGUACAAGUAGUAAAGGGCGUUUUGAAUACAAAAUGGGACGACGGGGGGGGGGGGGGGGGAGCUCUACAUGCCAGGGACACAAAUAUUGUACAGACGUGAAGAGGAGGCGCACAUCACAAAACGGAAGAGCCCUGGUGCUGUGUAGCGUUGUAGCCAGCCCGAACUCAGCCCUUUCAACAGCCAGCAACAAAGCGAGCGAGCGAGCGAGCGAACGAAUAGUAUAUUUACAACCUUCGAGUGCAAUUGAACGAACAGAUUUUAGCUAAACGAUGUACAAGGACAGACCACUCCGUGGUCCGUGGGCGCUAGGUCGGCAAGAAAUGCAUCAAGAAAUGGUUCAACCAAUA